AUGAACAAUUCAAAAUCAUUGGCGUUGGCUGGAAUUGGUAUUUUAUCCAACACAACCUGUACCACAGAAAAGAAGAUCUCUGUGUUUUUUUCUGUUAUCUUCAUGACAGUGGGGAUUUUAUCCAACAGUCUUGCAGUAGCAAUCCUGAUGAAGGCAUAUCAGAGAUUUAGACAGAAAUCCAAGGCAUCAUUUUUGCUUUUUGCUAGUGGCUUGGUUGUUACAGACCUGUUGGGCCAUCUCAUCACUGGAACCAUUGCAGUAUUUGUAUAUGCAUCUGACAAAGACUGGUUUCGAUUUAAUCACUCAAAUGUUCUUUGCAGUAUUUUUGGCAUAUGUAUGGUGUUCUUCGGACUAUGUCCCCUUUUUCUGGGCAGUGUGAUGGCUGUUGAACGCUGCAUUGGAGUCACUAAGCCAAUAUUUCAUUCAACAAAAAUGACUUCUAAGCAUGUAAAAAUGAUGUUGGUGAUGGUAUGUCUUUUUUCCAUUUUUAUUGCUUUGCUCCCUAUACUUAGGUUAAGAGCCUAUCAAAUCCAGGCUUCAAGAACCUGGUGCUUCUACAAGACUCAGCACAUUGAAGACUGGGAAGACAGAUUUUACCUCUUAUUUUUUUCAUGCUUGGGUUUAUUAGCCCUUGCUAUUUCACUCUUGUGCAAUGCUGUAACAGGAAUUACACUUUUAAGAGUCAAAUUUAAAAGUCAGCAUAGACAAGGCAGAUCUCAUCAUUUUGAAAUGAUCAUUCAGCUCUUGGCUAUAAUGUGUGUCUCUUGCAUUUGCUGGAGCCCAUUCCUGGUGACCAUGGCCAAUAUUGGAAUACAUGGAAAUAAUUCGUGGGAGUCAUGUGAAACAAUACUUUUCGGUCUCCGAAUGGCAACAUGGAAUCAAAUUUUAGAUCCUUGGGUAUACAUUCUUCUUAGAAAAGCUGUUCUGAAAAAACUGUAUGAGAUUGCAAGGAGAUUUUGUGGUGUACAGAUCAUUAAUUUACAUGCAUGGGAACUCAGCUCCAUUAAAAAUUCUUUAAAAGUAGCAGCUAUUUCUGAUUCACCACUUCAUUCCAAGCAAACAAACCAGCAGCUACUCAGUUCAACAGUGCAAUAAAGUGAAACAUGCACAUUGAAAUAAUAAAGGGAUAAUGCUUCUUAAGCACCUCAAAGUUUGGUAGGAUCUGAGUGAGUUGGGAUUUUUGAAAAUAUUACUCCAUUUAAGGAUGUGUAUCAAUCUGUAGUUGCUAUUCCAAGAUGCUCACCCUCCAAAUAUACUUUUAAUAAAUGCUCAUUAUGUAGCAAAUCUAUCCAAACAUCGUGCCAAACAUGUUAGGAUUCUGUGUAACAUAACAUAAAUAUGUAUGAACAACUUGAUGCACUUAAACAAUGCCUAAUCAAAAAAGUGCUGUUAAAAACAGAAUGGUAAAGACAUAAGAUGAUUUUAGUGGCUCAAAGUGAUAUCUGAAUGAAACCAUGGAUUUUCUUUUUCUUUCUUUGGUAAAAGGCAACAUCUAUCCAAUUAAAGCACAUCAAACUCCCAGAGGUUAGCACCACUUUUAAAAUAAAU